UGUUUACCUGUAAAAGGUGUGAAAACAAAGAUGAGGAGAAGAUGUAUAAUAAAUGACCAUGUCAACCAAGAACAAGAAAUAACAACUAAAACACAGGUGAAGAAUUUUACAGAAUGAAGUGGCUGACAUUGUGUUUGAUAUGGGUUAUUCCAAUGGUUCACUGUUUUGUUGGAGAGUUUAUAGAGUACGUUGAAGAUUUACCAUUACAAUAUCAACCAGGAGUAUGCCAGUUUCACUCCAAUGAAUAUUACAUGCCAGGCCAACUUGAAAUUCGGGUAUUCUUGGAUAAACAAAUAUUAGACUUCUAUACAUUGGGUUACCUCAAAUUUGGAACGGAAUAUAAAGGACUGGUACAGAAUUUAAUAAAUGUGAAACAUGUACAUCCCGGGGUUAAUAGAAUAAGAUAUGCGGCAAGUUAUUUCGGUAGAAGAUAUCUACAUGCGUGGUGUUUUCCAAGAUCAUUUUAUUCUCAUCCAAAUACAACACCAGUAUCAAUAAGCACUACCUCGACCAAAACUUCAACAACAAAAUUAACAACCAUCACAUCUACAACCGCACCGACAACCACUACAAACAACCCUAUCCCAACGGAACCGACCACUACUACAACUAUUACCGAGCCGACAACAACUACUACAACAACAAAACCGACCACUACUACAACUAUUACCGAGCCGAUAACAACUACUACAACAACAAAACCGACCACUACUACUAAAACUACUACCACAGAGCCGACAGCCACCACUACUCAAACAGAACCGACUAUUACAACAACUGCUACUGAGCCGACAACCACAACUUCAACGACGGAACCGACCACUAUCACAACAACUACUACUACGAAACCAACGACCAUAACAACAUCAACACAACCGACCACUACAAACACGGAACCGACAACCACAACUACAACAACGGAACCGACAACUACAACUACAACAACGGAACCGACAACUACUACAUCUACGGAACCGACCACUACACCAACUACAACAGAGCCGACAACCACAACUACAACAACAGAACCGACCACUACAACAACUACAAUAGAGCCGACAACCACAACUACAACGGAACCGACCACUACUCCAACUACAACAGAGCCGACCACGACAAUAACAACAACGGAACCGACCACUACGACAACUACAACAGAGCCGACAACCACAACUACAACAACGGAACCGACUACUACAACCACUACAACAACGGAACCUAUUACUACGACAACAGCUACUGAGCCGACAACCACUAUAACAACGAUACCGACCACUACGACAACUACUGCAACAACUACUGAGCCGACCACCACUACUACAACAACGGUACCGACUACUACUACAACAACGGAACCGACCACUACUAUAUCUACUUCCACAGAGCCAGCAACAACUACUACAACAACAGAACCGACUACUACUACAACUGAGCUGACAACAACUACUUCAACAACGGAACCUACCACUACAACUUCUACCUCGGAGCCAGUAACCACUACGACCACAACGGAACCGACUCCUAAGACAACCAAUGCGACAACAACGAAACCGACCGCUACAACGACCGCCCCUACAACUACUACCACUACCGAGUUAACAACCACUACAACGACAACGGAACCGACCACAACGAUAACUACUCCUGAUCCGACAAACACUGUCACAACACAUAAGACAACAUCCACAGAACCGACAACCACUACUACAGCAAAACAAACUACGACCACAACACAACCCUCAAUAACAACAUCUACCACAACAACAGAAUUGACAAUUACUUCGACUACUGACCCUACAACACCAACUUUGCCGACAAGAAAACCUCCACCCGAACCAGCGCGAUAAGAAAACACUAUAAUUGAAUUUUUUUUUAGUUAUUUGUAAGAUAUCAGUGGACAUUUGAUACUGUUAACAGUUAAAUCAAAUUAGGCAAAAUGAGGGAAUAUGUGAGAAUUGCCGUUUGCUUUAUUUGAUACGUGAUAUGUCUUUCAAUUAAAAUUUCAUUUUAAUAAUUAAAUUCAAGUCAUAAUAAAGUAUAUUUCAAGUAAAUUCAGACCAGAUAAAAAAAAUCCGAUCAAUUGCUUUAACGUGUUUAAAAUAGGCACAUACUUAUACCAGCAAACAUAAAAUAUAUGAUAUAUAAUGGAACUUUCAAACUGUGCACACUAGGCGCAACAACAAACACAUUGUUUGCAGCUUUGUCGACCGGAACGAACACAAUACGCUUUGCAAAUAUUUGAAUUUCAUUUCUAGUCCUAGAAAUAAACAUAUUUAUAACCCUUUUAUUAAUAUACAUAGAUGUAUAUAUCAUUUUCGAAAAAUCGACAAUAUCAAUACAUUCAUCAAAUAAGAAUCAGAUGUUUUUUUAUCAGAUUACUCUCGUUUACACCAUUUUACAACAGAAUGAAAAAGCAGCUUUGAUGGCCUAACGACACUGUUUCUAACUUAUUUCUGAUGGAGAACGAUAUUUUGGUUCUUUUUCCAGAAAGGUUAAAACCCUUUGGUCUUGAACGAUGUUGUUGUCUCCUGUUGUUGUUGAUAGAAAUCAGCUUUCGUUUCGGGAGGUGUUACCUUCUCGUAGGCUUUAAACAAGGACGUCUAAACGCAAUACACAACGUACUUUUAAGUGUACAGGAAUGAUCAUCUACUAAUCUCUUCAGUAUAA